UAAUGGAGCCCAGAAUUGGCCCACAUAUAUUUUCUUCCCCAAAAAGUUUCCUUCUUCUCUUCUUCAGCUUGAACAACCUCCCUCACAUUCAGAGUCACCGGCUCACCGAUCAUACAUUUCAGCAAUUUCCUGCUUUGCUCGGCAAUGGAAUUCGCUCCUGAAAAAGGCAAACACGUCAACGGCGACUCUUCCACUCUGAUCCUGCCGGCUUUGUCAAUUGGAAAUGUGGGGCAGCUUGCAGUGGACCUCUUAGUUGCGUCAACGAGAGCUGAGAGAAUUGGGUAUUUGGAUACUCCCUAUGUGCUUCCAUGCGUUGGCAACGACGCAUAUGGGCCUGUUCCAAAUGGCGAGCUUGCUCUCCCUCUUGAAGCUUAUGAUUCGUCUGCUAAUGCAAUGACUUUAAUCCAACAAAGGUCUCCUGUUGUUAAGGGAAGGAUGAUUGAAUUUGCUAAAAACUUGGCUGAUUAUGUUGCUGCUAGUGGGAAGAAGCAUGUUGUCGUGCUCUCAAGCUUAGAUUUUGGGAGGUGGCAGAGAGUUGAUAUGUCAAGUGGUUUGCAGACGCUUUACCUGUCUAGCACCAAUUCAGAUGGAACAGAUGAUUACUGCGAACAGCUUGGGUGGAAAAAACUGCAGGAAUAUAAACCCACUCAGAAGGCUUGGAAGUAUCUCAGCACAUUAGCUGAAGGCAAUGCCAUACCAGAGAGCAUCUUGCCCUUUGAAGGUGAACUAGAAGAAGAAGAAUAUUACUACCCGAGCUUGCCUUUUGCCGCACUCUUUUCUUGUCUCAAGGCCAAAGGAUUGAAGGUCACUUGCUUAUUUUGCUACUGCUCAGAAGGGGACAACAUACCUGAUGCUUUCCAUUUGGCUGAGGCAGCAUGCAAACUUCUGGACUUGAGUCCCAGUAAUUUCCAGGGCGACAGCAAUGAUAAAUGGGUUACUCCAUUGUCUUGGAAGACUCUGUAUGGACCACCGGCAGACAUGUCUCUCUUUUAGACAGGAUUCCUCCCAGCUGAGGUAAGAUCUGCAAGGAUGGAGUUCCUUCAGAAGUUUUGUUAGUAACAAGAGAAAAUGUAUCAAUAUAACUUAUUGGGUCGUGAAGUUUAAUAUGUACAUUCUUCAGACUCAUAUGAAAAUACAAAAAAUGUUCUAUCCA